AUGGCCGCCGCAUUUCCCGCAAGCAGCCACACUCGGUCGCUGCUCAUCAUCGUGCUCGUCGCGCUCUGCGCGUCGUUUCUCCUCCUCCCUCUGUUCUCCUCCCAGCCGCCCUCCGAGCGCGGUUCGACACCCCGUUUCGACACGUCAUCAUCAGUCCCAGCAGCUACACUUCAAUUGAACCCAAGCCAACCGUUAUUCAGCUCGCAGCAGCUGAUUGGCUCGUUAGUCCCGCAAAUAGCGCCAGUCGACGUGGCGGUGCCAUCCGAACGUCUCGAGGCGCGAGUGAAAGAGCUCCUGGCCGCUUGGGAUCCGACACGUGCCAUUUCGCCUUCAACUGAAACGGAUAGAAAAGGACGAAAUGCGAAAAACGGACGGAAAAAGCGGGGGAAGAGAGCGAAGGGGAACGCUCCUGCCAAUGCCGCGGAGGAGGAAACAGCUUCCCCGUUAGGCGAAUCCGCGAAAGAACCUCUUCCCCCGGCCCCGCCGGUCCCCCGCGCGCCCCAUCUGGUGGAUUGCGCGGAGCGCGCGAGGCUGCACCGCGAGGAGUGGUGGGCGGCACGGCCUGCGGACGGAUCGCUUCCGCCGUGGGCUGUGGCGUGGCAGGCGCGCGAUCAUGCGUCGCGAGACCCGCGCGCAUACGAGAUGCUUCCGCGGAGGGAGAGAGCGGUGGACAGGGAAGGGGAGGAGGAAGGGGAAAAGGAAGAGGGGGAGGGCGAGGAGGAGGAUGAGGGGGUGAGAGGGAGGGAAGUGAGGGAGAAGGCGGAUCAUGGUGGGGGCGCAGGUGCUCAUGUAGCAACAGCUGCUGCUAGUGGUGUUGGCGGUGCUGCUGCUGCUGCUGCUGCUGCUGAGACAGCUGAACCUUCUUCCCAGCAAUUUUCUCUGAGCACGGAUGCUGACGUCAUAGCGGAGGGGCCGUUUCCGCCAUGGGUGGAGGGCGGGGAGGGCGCCAACCUGCCGCUGACGCGACUCGUGCAGACCCACCUGUGGCGCCGCCAGUUCCCCGCCAACUGCUCCCUCCCCCAUGUGCGGUGCGCUCCCCCUCCCCCCGUCCCCUCUUCCGCCCAUCCUCCCUUCCGCCCAUCCUCCCGUCCGCCCAUCCUCUACCCCCAAUCCCCUCACCUAUCCCAAUCCCCCAUGCAGCGGGCUGUGCUCUCCUGUCCCAACGCCAUGCCCUUUCCCCUCCCCUCGCCCCCCUGCCACUGGCGUCAUCUGCUCCCAUCGCCUCUGUUCAUGUACGCGGCGUUUGAGCGCCGGCGGCGAGACGGCUUUGAAAAGCAGCUGGCAUACAUGGCGGCAGCGCUGGGGCAGGCGGUGCAGCAGGGGCGCGUGCUGGUGGCUCGCACUUACGAUCGCGCCCAGCACGCGGGGUGUGAAGGGGAGGCGAACGCGCAUUGGCACUGCUACUUCCUCCCUGAGACGUCUGAUGAGUGCCGCAGGCGAGUGAAAGAGCUGUCAGAGCUGCCUAGUAGCUAUACUGGCGCAGACCCCCUUAUAGUCACGGGCCGUAGAGUCACAGAGGCGCCGCUGGAGGAGUGGGGCGAGGGCGAGGGGGACGAGGGCGACGCUGACGUGGCAGCUGCGGAGAAUCCAGCCAAUCAGGUCCCAUCUGUCGACAGCUCGGCCAAUGAGGGUGUAGAAGAAGCGAAACCGGGCAGGACCGGGUCAGCAGCUGAAUAUUUUCGAGCGGAGGUCCCGAGGGUGUGGGGGAAACCGUGGCUAGAUAUGGUGGGGCGAGUAGGGGAGCCAUGGGGUGUGGGGGGAGUAGGAGCAGGGGAAGAGGCCAUGGGGGGGAUAGGAGGAGGGGGAGGGGUGGAGGAGGAUGGGAGUGGGGGAGGCAGAGGAAGGGACGAUGGGGUGAAUGGAAGCCGAUCGGAUCCGAAGCAACUGAAUCGGCUGAAGCACCUGUGGUGGCGCGCCCAGGCGCUGCGCUUCCUGCUGCGCGCGCCCUCCCCCUAUCUCUGCCACGUCAGCAACGUCAUCCGGCACGCUGAGUUUGGGCCAGUGGCCGCACGGAUGGCUGCGCUGGGGGAAGCUGCUGUGGCCCACGCUGACGUGGCAGAAACAGACAACAGCCAACAACAGCAGCCAGCACGAAAGGGAGUGGAGCAGGAGCAAAAGCAGCCGCAGCAGGAGCAGAAGCAGGAGCAGGAGGAGGAGGAGGCAGCAGAGGAGCAGGUGCAACGGCGAAGACUUGUAUCGCAGACGGGAAGAGAUUGGGCUGCCAGCACUGCCGGCACAGCCAGCACUGCCAGCACUGCCAGCACCGCCAGUCACAGACACAGCCCCACUUCCUCAGCAGAUGCUCCCUCCUCUAUCCAAGGCACCCCGGGCAGCAUGGAGAGUGACCUGUGGCGGCGGCACCGGGCUGUGUGGGUGCUACGACCGCUGGUGGGCGUGCACGUGGGGAGAGCAGGGCAAGUGCGCGUGCAGACGGCUGUGCAGAGGACAAUGGGUGCGCUGCUGGCCGUGAGGCAGCACCUCCCUGCUGCCCGCUUCGUGUGGCUCACUGCUGACGAGCAAGAG